GUUUCAACAACGGUAGGCCUAAUCUAGCAACAAUUCGCCAGACAAUGCUACUAUCCAAUUAACCAGACCAUCCGUAGCUCGUGUAUGUGUGGAACUGGACUUGUCCAAGGAACUGCCAAACUCUGUGUGGAUUCACCUUGGGAAGCUCUCUUUUUUACAACCCAUUCACUACGAAGACCUUCCUGCCUUCUGCACCUCUUGUAGGAAAUAUGGCCACAAAAACUACAAAAAAUCUCACUCCUCAUCAAGAUGGAUCCAAAGGGAGGUGAGGACAGAUGUUAAGGCCUCAUCAAAAGAAAAUGCAGUCAAUGCUACUGAAAUUCAGCCCCAUUUGGCUACUGCCCAGUUGGGCUUAGAACCAGAAGAUGCUGAUGUUAUGGGUACCCAAACUACUACCCAAACUGACAUUAUUGAAGCUACUGAUGAAGGAGCCAACACCAACUUUGCUACUGAAAUUCCAAAUGAAAUGGACUUCAUUGACGAAGUUGAAGGAACCCAGUCUACAACUCAAUAUGGAGUUGAAGGAGCCAAAACCAUUGAUGGAGCUAGAGCUGUUGUUAAUGAAGGAACCCAUUCUGCAGCUCCCAUUGAAUUUCAAGGAGCCAAAACAAAUUCAUGAGGCCAAAGCUGUUGCUACUGAAGCUGUUACUAAAGGAAUUGACGAUGCUGACAAUCUUUCUAAGAAUACACUUCCCAAUG